CAGCUUAGCUUUGUCUUUCAUCUCGGUUUUAGCCUGAAUAGAGCUGUGCCAAAGUUCAGCCCGCAAAUCUCAGAACCACAGAAGGAAACAAGACACUGAACUAUCUUCAAUUUACACACUGCGUGACAAGUGAAGGCAUUUGAGAUUAAUCAACAACCCUGCAACAGAACUCAGGCAAUGCAAAAAUAAACCCUCAGAAGAGACAAAGCUUUAGUCAGCUCCACCAGAUCAUGGCCAACAGGAAGGCGGCGGUCAAGCGAAGGAUCAUCUCCAAAGACGGCCACAACAAUGUGCGAAUUGACAACGUCGAAGGUAUGGUCCGGCUGUACCUGCACGACAUCUGGACCACCGUGGUGGACAUGAAAUGGCGCUACAAACUCACUCUGUUCGCCUCCACCUUCGUCAUGACUUGGUUCCUCUUCGGAGUCAUCUUCUACUUCAUUAGCUUGGGCAACGGAGACUUUGAGACCGGCUCAAACUCCAGCCACACGCCGUGCUUGAUGAACGUGCAGAGCCUCACUGGGGCCUUCCUCUUCUCCCUGGAGUCCCAGACCACCAUUGGCUACGGCUUCCGCUACAUCACAGAGGAGUGUCCUCUGGCCAUCUUCACUCUGGUGGCUCAGCUCGUCAUCACCGGCCUGGCUGAAAUCUUUGUCACGGGGGCCUUUUUAGCCAAACUGGCUCGGCCGAAGAAGCGAGCAGAGACCAUCAAGUUCAGCCAGUUGGCAGUGAUCUGCCGGCACCAUGGCAAGCUGUGUCUGAUGGUGAGGGUGGCGAACAUGAGGAAAAGCCCCCUGAUCCAGUGCCAGCUGACUGGAAAGCUCCUCCACUCCAAUGUGACGGAGGAGGGCGAGAAGACACAAGUAUAUCAGCGCUCUGUUGAUUUCCACGUGGACUCCAGCAGCGAGUGCCCCUUCCUCAUCCUGCCCAUCACCUUCUACCAUAUCCUGGAUGAGCACAGCCCGCUGGCAGGGCUGAACGUGGAGAACCUUCACACAAGAGAGUUCGAGCUGCUGGUCACCCUCAAUGCCACGAUGGAGUCGACAGCGGCCAUGUGUCAGAGCCGCACCUCCUACACGCCUCAGGAGAUCCUCUGGGGCUACGACUUCCAGCCGGUGCUGUUCAGCAGCACGGGUGGACGUUAUGUUGCAGACUUCAAGUUCUUUGACAAGGUCCAAGUCAUAAACAACCCAGCCCUGGUCAGUAGCAACACAGAGAAGCAAAAACUCGAGGAGAACUAUAAAAAUGAAUAGACGACAGAUGCUCCUGUUUCAUGAAAAUGUCAUAUGUUGGUCAUCAGUUAUUCUCUCAGCUCUGACCAAACACGACCUAUAUGAGCAUUAUAAUAUACCUAAAACUCAGAAAAACUCUUUCAAUCCAAUUUUUCACAACAAUACUUGUGACAUUUUGUUGUUGUUCAUCACAUUUCACUGCAAACUACAUUUUAAUACAUUCUUUAGAUACAUUUUUCACUUUGUAAAAAAGCUUUUUUUAAUCAGUGGUUACUAAAUUUGUGAUCAGGCAAUUGUCAUUUAACCUUAACUAAAAAAGUUAUAAUAACCUUUAGCAUUAUUGUUCCUUCUAGGUAUGACACACUGUAACAUUAUUAAUAGAAAAUAGAUUUACCUUGUUUUCUGAAUUGAUCUAGUAAUCGAUAUUGGGCAUGGUGAUAUAUAUUUAAUGGUAUCUAAUGGUGGAAUAUUUGCAUGUGAUGUAGAGGUUAAUAGAAACUAGUACUACAUUGUAAGUGAAUAACUGUGAUGUUUAAAGUUUUAUGGAAGUUGAGAUAAAUGUAGAACACGUGGUGGUGGAGAACAAUGUACAAUGUUGUGUACAAUGUACUCAGAUACUAGAAUUAGUACAAUUGGGUUUUUGUAAAUUAACUUAAAACAUCUGUAAUAAUAAAUUAAUAUGUCAUUUAUUGUAGUAUAAUACCCUGUAUGGACACAGUCUGGGAUGAUACAUUUGAUACUUUUACUACAGUUUGCUGAUACAUUUAUUUAAGUGUUAAUUACGAAUUGAAUAAAGGAGAAAAGAUGAAUGAAUCAA